AUCUUGGUCCACGUCCAGAUAGCUUCGGCGGCUGGAAGGUUCCUCCUGCGGCUCUUCGGAUGCGGCGUUCCCAUUCGCUGGAGCCAGCGCGAAGGGGGCGUCACGUGACGCGUCCUGCGGGUUCCCAUUGGCCAGCUAACUCGCCCGCUUGCGUAAUGCACAGAUAUUGCGUCAACGAUCUGCAGGAUGAUAAUCAGCUCAUUUCCACGAGGUGGCAGUCUGACCUCCUGCUGCACAGCGCUCUGAUCUGCUCAGGUAAUAUACAUGUAUUUAUCUAUAGGUAUAUUUAUGUCAUGUUUCUCUUCCACUACAUAUUGUUUUUACGUAUGUAUUUCUUUUUGAUAUUCUUUUCAUUACUUUUUUUUAAAGCACUAUAUUCAUAAUUCACUCUCCCUUUACAUGAAUUAAAAUGUUUCCUCAUGGCGGGAUGGAUGCAUCGCGUCCUAAACGCUACCUCAGUUAUAACUUGUAAUAGUGCUAAAAGUCUGAAGCCUUGAUCAUUGUUGCUGCUCCCCAGCUGACUCCCUCUCUGACGAGCUCUUCUCUCUAAUUGGGCCGUAAAGAGAAAGGUUGCUGCGUCCCGCCGUGAGUCAGCGCGUGAGCACACGAGGCGCCGUGGCGCCCGCAGAUGGGCGCCGCGUGGGCGCCGAAGCAGCCACGGUGACAGACGGCACCAAUCAGCAGCUGCCUGAGAGGGACUCUAACGAGGCCUUUGAGGCAGGUGCACAUGGUACUUUAUACAUGUACUUUAUUCACGUACUUUAUACACAUACUUUAUCGAGUAUUUCUACUGUAUUCUGCCCUACAGAGUACUUCACUGUGCACAGUACAAACAUUGUUAUACCUUUAUACUUACUAUUCAAUGUUGUGUUUUCAUCUGUUGUUCAGACUCUGUGAAAGAAGUACAAAUACACGAGGCAAUAUGACGAGGAGCGAAUAAAAACUACAUUCAUCGAUAAUAAACACAAUACAACUGUGGAAACAGAUAAUACGAAUAAAUAAGGGCAAAAGCAACAGAAACAGGGUGAAAUAAAUGAAAUGGAUCUUUUACAGAUGUGUUGUCCCCAUAAGACGACGCUGUGAACUGUACAUUUAUAUUGUAGAAGGAAUCCAUAGUGGUUUUUAUUACACGCUGCAGCCCAUCGACCGCUCUUAAAGGUGAGGACGGCUGAGUUAUGGCGUUAAUAAGAGGAAGAGCCGUGAUGAAGACUUAAGGCCACGCUUUGAUUAACAAAAGGGAGGAGACUAAUGUGUGUUUACAUGGUCUUCCUGCAGCAUCCAUUUGACCUCAGAAGGAUGGAUGUCAGGAUGCUCUCAUCCUUUAUUUCAUCACGUUGUGCUUCUCGUUCCAUUUCCCUCGUUUUCACAAAGCUUCCAAACAUCCUGAGGAUAUUUGUUGAAUAACUUCCCCCUGCUGUUGAAGAAGUUAUUCACUAAACCCGUUUGGGGACCGGGUCUACGGGAGCUACAGCGAAACCACAGAACCAAAGCAAAGGGACCCGGUAGAUCCUCCGUAACCAAAGAGACAAAGAUGCAGAAGCUUCUCGGCGUGCGAUGCAGGAGAACAUGGCGUUCACCUCCUCCAUCAAAGUGCACGCAGACAAUGAAGCAGCUGCUCAAUCAGCCCAGAAGGGCCGCGCUGGAACCGCAUCGACCGCGGGGCGCUUUCCCAUCAUGCUCUAUGGCCCCCGUGCGCCUCCCACAGGCAGCAGCCUGUUUCAGCCUGUUCACGUCCAGGCUGAACGCGAGGACAGAGACACAGGCCCCCGCCGCAGGUCCACUCCCCCCACGUCAUGUACAGCAUGAUGUUCACAUCGUCUAGAUCAAGGGUGUCAAACAUAAGGUCCGCGAUCCGGAUCUGGCCUGCCAGAGGGUCCGCGUUCGGCCCGCCCGAUGAAUUUGUCACAGAAAGACAUAAAUUUCAUUUCUUUAAAAGUAGUUGCUGUUCCUAAGAAGUCUAAGAAGAAGUUUAAUCAUCUUUACUUUAAUAAUAAUAGAGUUUCAGUACAAACAUUCAUUUAUUGAACAAUCCAAGAAGAAUCACUGAAAUAAGUGACAUGUUGUUACGUUAUUCCUUUAACACCAAUGUGACUCACUGUGUUGUCAUGCGUCCUUGUGUCCUUUAGUGGAAAAGGAGUCAUGUGAUUCUACUUAGUGUUAUUUCUCCACAUUAAACAUUUACAGCAUCAUCAUCAUCAUCAUCACCAUCAUCAUUAGGGUGAACCUCGUCCUUAUUAACUACCUGACAUCAUUCCCAGCUAAUUAUGGGCUGGGAGGGAGAGAGAGAGAGAGAGAAAGGGGAGUGGGGGGGGCCUCUGGGGGUGCGUUGGAUUUGAACCAGCGGCUGGUUGUGAUUGGUCCCGUCAGCCCGUAAAAAGGGGAUGGAGUUGUUUUUCGAGGCGUUCCCGUGGUUCAGAAGUCAUUGAGUCACAGAGAGCACGAGGACAGAAGCAUGUCUCGCACCGUGAGCCGACUCCUGCUCCUGUCUUCAUUCUGGCUGCUUGGAUGCUGGAGCACAACAGAGGAUUGAAAGGAGACCUACCUGUGAGAUCCAUCUCCUCAUCUUCUUGUGCUCUUCACUCAGACGCCGCUCUGUUCCACCGGUGGGGAGACGGACGGUUUAGAAAGGUGCGAGGAACGGAGGGCGAAGAUCUAAGUGAUGUUUUAUGGCGAGACCAGAGCGACGAGCAAAUCCAGAAUGUGUUCAAAAGAUUUCUGUUUCACUACUCUAAAGCUCGCAACUCUGUCGGAGCGCUGCAGCACGAGUCCACCUCGGUUCAUCCCUUGAUGAGACUUUCACCCAAACUGUCCCAGGGGAGAAAGAAGAAGUUUUUGCUCUUGAGGAUCCGAGGUCUGCCGGAGGGAACGCCGUAGAAGAGAAACACCUUCAAUAAGCAGAGGAGCAGAGGCCCGGGAGGACCAGCGCGGAACCAGUCAAUCAACGGAAGCCCCGCCUCCACAUGUCAAUCAACAUGUCAAUGUGGACCGAAAGACACAAAAUAAAGCACUCAACAUAAACUCGAGGACGUUUAGGUCACCAGAAGAAAAGGGGAAAAAAACGGGAGAAAUGAUUGUGGCAAAGAGGAGAACUCACAUUUAAUCCCAGAUUGAAAUGUACAUUUUGUGACAUAAAUAUCAUCAAACGUAAUAAAAAAGUUACAGUUU